GGGGGACCCGCCGGGAUCCCGCUCCUUCGCCCACACCGAAGGGCGCAGCCGCGCUUCGCCGCAGCGGCUCCCGGCGCCCCGGGAACUGCUAUCAUGGACAGGACCGCCGUGGCCAAGAUGGGAGCUGUGGCGAGCGCCAGCGUGUGCGCGCUGGUGGGCGGGGUGGUGCUGGCGCAGUACAUCUUCACCAUGAAGAAGAAGACGGCCUGCAUGCAAGCCCUGCAUCUCUGGACUCUGCUUGCCACCUAUGCUGUUGCAGUAGGACAAAAUCAAGGACAGAAGAAUCAGGAGUGCCCUAAGCUCAACGCACAGAUGCCAGAAUUUCAGAAGAAGACUGUCCAUAUUAAGGACCCAGCAAGAGUAGAGGAGAUUAUUUGUGGCCUCAUCAAAGGUGGAGCUGCCAAACUUCAGAUUAUUACAGAUUUUGAUAUGACAUUAAGUAGAUUUUCCUACAAUGGAAAAAGAUGUCCAACUUGUCAUAACAUCAUUGAUAACUCUAAGAUCAUCACAGAUGAAUGUCGGAAAAAGUUAUUGCAGCUGAAAGAAACUUACUAUGCCAUUGAAAUUGAUCCAGCUCUCACCAUUGAAGAGAAAUACCCAUAUAUGGUAGAAUGGUACCAUAAAUCUCAUGCACUACUCAUUGAACAAGGCUUACAGAAGGACAAGUUUGCAGAAAUUGUAAGGGAAUCUGAUGUUAUGCUGAAAGAAGGGUAUGAGAACUUCUUUGAUAAGCUCAGUGAACAUAAUAUUCCUGUGUUCAUAUUUUCUGCUGGGAUUGGUGACAUUCUUGAAGAAGUAAUCCACCAGGCUGGGGUCUACCAUUCUAAUGUCAAAGUGGUUUCCAAUUUCAUGGAUUUUGAUGAAAAUGGAAUAUUAAAAGGAUUUAAAGGAGAAUUGAUUCAUGUUUACAACAAACAUGAUGGUGCCUUGAAGAACACAGAGUACUUCAAACAGCUAAAAGACAACAGCAAUAUCAUACUGCUGGGUGAUUCUCAAGGAGACUUGAGUAUGGCAGAUGGAGUAGCAAAUGUUGAGCACAUUCUUAAGAUUGGCUAUCUCAAUGAUAAAGUAGAUGAGCUUUUGGAAAAAUACAUGGACUCUUAUGAUAUUGUCUUGGUGAAAGAUGAAUCCCUGGAAGUUGCAAACUCCAUUCUACAGAAAAUCCUAGCAGAAACUGUGCCAUCUUCUGUUCCCUGAGGAAUUGUAAUGAAAAUGUGGGAGAGUUUAGAUCUGCAUUUCUUCCACCAGAAUGAAAACACAUCUCAAGAAAUGGCCUCUUUCCUUAUAGCCUCUGGUCUGUUAUUAAAAUUCUGACUUGGUAUCACCUGA